AUGCCAAAGAAAUGGGGAAAUAAGAAGCAGCCUAUAAAAAACACUAGGCAGCCCACAGAACAAAAAGGACUCACCAAUCAGAAUCCUCUAUUCGACAAAUACUACAAGUCACAGAAUCUAUUGGAUGAUGGAGAGUGGAACAGCUUUAUCCAUACUGCCAAACAACUCCUCCCAACUUCCUUCAGAAUCACUGGCAAUAAAUCCACGGCCAACGAUCUCAAUCAACACAUCAAGAAGACUUAUAUUCCUUUCCUAUCACAGGCUAAGCUCGAUGGUGUACAGCUACCACCUCCAAAGCAGCUUGAUUGGUACCCCGACGGUCUAGCUUGGCAACUAAACCUCACUAAGCAGCAAAUUAGAAAAUCCCCCGAGUUCAAGAAAUUCCAAAACUUCCUUGUUUACGAGAAUGAAGCGGGAAACAUUAGCCGUCAAGAGGCUGUUUCUAUGAUUCCUCCACUCCUCCUUAAAAUGGAUCCACACCACUCUGCAAUUGACAUGUGUGCUGCUCCUGGCUCUAAAACUGCUCAGCUCUUAGAAGCCCUCCACUCCGAUCCACACACCGACCCCACCGGCCUAGUAGUUGCCAACGACAGCGAUAACAAACGCGCUUACUUGCUCGUACAUCAAACCUCACGCCUUCCUUCACCGAACAUCAUGGUCACUAAUCAUGACGCUACCAGCUUCCCUAACAUCUACACCACCAACCCCACCACCCAAGCCAGAUCUAAAUUCCUCUUCGAUAGAGUUCUCUGCGAUGUCCCAUGCACUGGUGAUGGAACUGUGCGCAAAAACCUUGAAAUUUGGUCUCACUGGACUCCCAACAAUGGAAAUGGCCUACACACCCUCCAACUACGCAUCCUCAAUCGCGGUAUACAACUCCUUAAACCGGGUGGCAGGUUGGUUUACUCGACGUGCUCAAUUAAUCCGGUUGAGAAUGAGGCUGUUAUAGCUGCUGCUUUGAGAGAUAACCCUCAAAUGUCUCUCGUAGACGCCGCUGAGGAACUCCCACAACUUAAGCGGAAAGAAGGUCUCAAACAUUGGCACGUCAAUACGGCUAGAGAUGGAAUCGACUUUGGUGAUAGAGAUCUCCUUAUUGAAAAUGCUAGAGAUGAGAGAGAGCGUGACAGACUGAAUGAUAAACUGCCUAGAACUAUGUGGCCACCUUCUCAACAAGACGCUGAUAACAUGCUUUUGGAGAGAUGCCUCCGUGUCUACUCUCACCAACAGGACACUGGCUCUUUCUUUAUCGCCGUGCUUGAGAAGAAGGAGGAGAAAACACAAGAUAAAACAGAUGAAAAGAAGGAGGAAAAGUCGCUCGAAAAGAUAGAUGAAACCCCCCAACAACCCCCAGCAGACUCCACCAAACGUCCCCUAAGCCCACAAUCGCUCACUACAAACAAUCAACGUCCACAGAAGAAAUCCAAGAAAGAUGAACCUAGUGCAGAAAAAGGCAAGGUCCAACCAGACACGACGUUCAAAGAAGAUCCAUUCAGCUACCUCGACGAGCAUGACGAGGAUGUGAAAUCGUUCACCGCGUACUACAAAUUCGACGACACGUUCCCUAGACGCAACCUACUCGUCCGAAACCCCAACCGCGAAGCAGGUAGAACGAUAUAUCUGACAUCCGAUCUAGUAAGGAACAUACUCCACAGCAACGAUUACACGAGACUGCGACUGAUUAGCAGCGGUGUAAAGCUCUUUGUCAAGCAAGAUAAUCAGAGGGCAUUCUCGGACGAGGAGAAGGAUAUAGUGAACAGAUGCAAAUGGAGAGUGACUAAUGAGAGUGUAAGCUUCGUAAAAAAGUACCUCCCUCCACAGGCCAUUUUCAGAGGUACACCUGAUGACUUGAAGUCAUUCGUCGAGCACUACCAUCCUGUCAUUAGCUCCAUUGGUGGUGCGAAUGGCGAGCUGAGGGAUGUUCUCCAAAACACCCACUCUGGUAGUCAUAUUGUCGAGUUCAGCCUCGAUAAUGGCGAAAAUGGCCUUAGUCAGCCUGUCUAUGUCCCGCUGUGGAAAUCUAAGACAAGCGUUAGUAUGAUGGUUGAUAAGAAGGAAAGGAGUGCUUUGAGCUUGAGGUUGUUUGGCGAAGACCUCUCUGAAGCCGGCAGGAAGCAGGCUGAAGUGCAGAAACAGAGGGAGGAGAGAAUGAAGAGUGCUGCGGAGAAUGCUUUGGAGAAGGAAGGGGAGAAUGAGGAGAAAAAAGAACAGGACAACGCUGAGACAAUCGAGUCAAAAUCACAACCAACCGAUCUAUCCGAUCAACCGCUGGAAACUCCAGCACCACUCCCAGCCACAGAAUAG